GGGCGGGAUCACGUGCCUACAGCCGCCGGGCCAGGGCGCAGGUCACAAGUGGCGGCGGAGGGUGGGCUGUGCAGUCGGCUGUGUCCACCGGGAGCGGAGUCCAGGCGCUGGCAGGAUGCCCCUUGGUGCCUAUUGUAUCAUCUGCUGCAGAAGAAUAGGAACCUCUGCUCCCCGUUUAAAACGUCACACGUCCUGGAGAAAUAUCCGGAAUAUAAUAAGAGUCACUGGAUCCCUCCUUUUAGGGGGCUCUUUAUUUCUUACAUAUGAAGUUCUGGCCCUGAAAAAGUCUUUAACGUUAGACACUCAGGUGGUGGAAAGAGAAAAAAUGAAGUCUUACAUCUAUGUGCACACCGUUCCCAUGGACAAGGCAGAAAAUCGUGGGCUUGUUUGGCAGGCAAGAAAAGAACUUCACAAAGCAGUAAGGAAAGUGUUGACAGCAUCAGCCAGGGUACUGCGGAGCCCAUUUGCUGACUCUUUCAGCACAGUUGACAUAGAAGACCAUGACUGUGCCGUGUGGCUGCUCCUGAGGAAGAGCCAGGAGGACGAUAAGGCUGCCCGACUGAAGGCUGUGCAGGAGAUGUCAGAGGCCCACUACUGGCACAACUACCAGUACAGGAUAAUUGCUCAAGCCUGCGACCCAAGGACCCUUAUUGGUUUGGCACGAAGCAAAGAAAGUGAUCUUCGCUUUUUUCUCCCACCUCCUCCUCUGCCAUCUUUAAAAGAAGAUUCCUCCACUGAAGAGGAGCUCAGGCAUUUGCUGGCUUCUUUACCUCAGACAGAGCUCGAUGAGUGUCUCCAGUAUUUUACAUCCUUGGCUCUCAGUGAAACCAGCCAGAGCCUGGCUGCACAGAAGGGGGGACUCUGGUGUUUUGGAGGAAAUGGACUUCCUUACGCAGAAAGUUUUGGAGAAGUUCCCACCGCCACAGUGGAAAUGUUCUGCCUAGAAGCUAUAGUAAAGCAUUCUGAGAUACCUUCCCACUGUGACCACAUCGAAGCAGGCGGGGGCUUGCAGCUCCUGCAGAGGCUCUACCAGCUCCAUAAGGACUCCCCCAAAAUACAGAGAAACAUCAUGAGGAUCAUUGGAAACAUGGCCUUGAACGAGCACCUCCACCCUGCUAUAGUCCGCUCAGGUUGGGUUUCUAUAAUGGCAGAAGCUCUGAAAUCCUACCACAUUAUGGAGGCUUCCCAUGCUGCCAGAACCCUGGCUAAUCUAGACCGAGAAACUGUGCGUGAGAAAUACCAGGACGGAGUGUAUGUGCUGCAUCCCCAGUGUCGGACAAGUCAGCCCAUUAAAGCCGAUGUCCUUUUUAUUCAUGGCCUUAUGGGAGCAGCGUUUAAAACCUGGCGUCAGAAGGACAGUGAGCGGGUUCUGACAGAAAAUGCUUUGGUGGAUGAGAACAGGUACACGACAUGCUGGCCCAAGACAUGGCUGGCAAAAGACUGUCCUGCACUUCGCAUUAUAUCUGUGGAGUAUGACACCAGCCUCAGUGACUGGAGAGCAAGGUGCCCCAAGGAAAGAAAGUCCAUUGCAUUCAGAAGCAACGAACUCCUUAGCAAGCUCAGAGCUGCUGGUGUUGGGGAUAGGCCAAUGAUUUGGAUAUCACACAGCAUGGGAGGUCUUCUUGUCAAGAAGAUGCUGUUGGAGGCCUCCAAGAAGCCAGAACUGGGCGCCAUGAUAAAGAAUACCAGAGGAAUCAUUUUUUACAGUGUCCCUCACCACGGAUCCCACUUGGCUGAAUACUCCGUUAACGUUCGAUAUCUUCUCUUUCCUUCUUUGGAAGUCAAAGAACUCAGCAAGGAUUCUCCUGCACUGAAGACACUACAGGAUGACUUUGUGGAGUUUGCGAAAGACAAGAACUUCCAGGUGCUGAGUUUCGUAGAAACACAACCAACGUUUAUCGGCAGCAUGAUUAAACUGCACAUAGUGCCCGUGGAGUCUGCAGAUUUAGGCAUUGGGGAUCUAAUUCCUGUGGAUGUUAACCAUUUGGACAUCUGCAAGCCGAAGACAAAGGAUGCUUUUUUAUAUCAACGUACUCUACAGUUCAUCUGUGAAACUUUAGCCAGAGACCUUGGAAACUGACAGCUGCCUUUGUGUGAAUACAGAGCAAGAAACAUGGCUUUCUCCUCUUGUUAAGCUCUAUGCAGAUGUGCAGCCACAGUGGCGGCCUGUUCUGCAGUGUGGUGCAGACAGAAGGCAGCUCUUCACACCAGCACUGGGAAGUGCCCACACAGACCUGGCCGUCACAGAGGAAGGGUUAAAUGGAGUUGCUCUGGUCUAAAAGAAACUCCGUGGUGCCAGGCUCAGGGCUAAGGGACAGAGCUGCUGUGGCCAGAGCUGCUGUGGCCAGAGCGCCUGUCCACCUGAGACUGUCGUAGCUCAUCCAAGAGCCCUGGCAGGCAACUCCAAAUACCAUGAAAAUGCCAUCUGGAGAGAACAAACUAGAACUUACAGAGGCCAUGUUUGUCCUGGGUGCCAUGUGCAUAAUGGUCUAGUGCCAGUUUUUAACUGUUUGUCAGUUACGUAUUUGACACGUUCUCACUGGUUCUCACACGCCCAGUUGUAUGCACGGGCAGUCUCGUAUGCUUCUGUUUUUUCAUAUUGCUGAGAACAGUCUUUUUUCUAAAUAUUCUUUCUAGGAUAUUUUAACUAGUCAUGCAGUAAUGUGCUCUGGAUAAGGAAAAUGUAAGGAUCAGCAUAUGAAAAAAACUAUUUGAAGCUGCCAGAUCCACUAACCAAGUGGUAUCAGGACUCUCAACUUUCCUUUGUGUUCCCUUUAGAGGCACUUCUGGCAUGGGGGAGUAGGAAGUCAUGCUGGUGGGCUUUUUGUGUUUGAGUAAUAGCAUUAUUGACAUGAAAUCCAUUUCCUUUUUUUUUUUUUGGUGUAGUACUAGGGAUCAAACCCAAGACCUUGUGCAUGCUAGCCAAAUACUCUGCCAGGAAGCUACACCCCCAGCUCCAAGUGUUAACCUUUAAAGUAUACAUCUUACUGGUUUUUAGUACGUUCAGAGUUACCAACUAUCACCACUGUCAUUUUCAGACUGUUUUAUCGCUCACUGAGCAGCAGUCAGUUUCCAGUACUGUCCUAACCCCCUGGAACACCAACGUACUUUCCAUCUCUGGAUUCACCCAACGCCAUUCCUAAAGAUGCUGGCUUCACCUUGUUGCUCUUAGCAUAAUGGUUCCAUCUUGCCUUGGUCCUUUCCCAACUCUCGGCUUCUUCCCUGGCAUGAGGUGAGCAGUUCUGCUGACCCUACCAUUCUGUCACGAUGCCCUGUCUCACUCAAUGGGACCAGCGACCAGUGGCUGAAACCACGAGUCACUCGCUGCCCAGGUGUUUGUCAUAGCAGUGAAGGUAGAUACAGUUCUGCUUUAAAACUGGGAUCUGAAAAGAGCUAUCCGAUGUGUUAGUCAUUACUGUGGCUGUUUUUCUGAGUAGACAGCAUUUCUGUUCUGUUCGCGUGGUGGAAAUACCAUUUAUCACAAAGGUGUGGAUGAGGUUUGUCAUAUACCAGACCAAGGGGGAAGAAAUGAUGUCCUUUCUCGUGCUGGAGCAGGACAACGGACAACACAAGGGCAGCACUGGCCAAGACACACUUCUAAAAGCAGCACAACCCGAACAAGGAAGUGAUUGAAAAAACCGAACGAGCACAAUGACAUAGUACAAAAGCAGCAGCACAUUAAGGACUGGGCGAAUGAAGAGCCCACGAGCACAGGCAUGGCUUGAUGUGGACAGAGGCGCAGUAGCUGCAGAAGGAAAAUAAAAUGGAACUAGAAGCAAGCUAUUCGCUGCAGGACAGGCGCUGGCAGCAUCGUCGCAGGCCCGCGUGCCUUUAGUGACUGAAUGAAGGCAAACAGGGAGAGAAUGAAAAUACUGUGCUUUAAAAUGCAAACAGAACCCCCUAAAAACCAAGUAACCCUCCUACCACACGUUAGAAACAGGAAGGAAGGGAGGAAUCACAUUCUCAGCUAAAUUGCCCUUAAAAUGGCUGUCAGUGUAAUGAGCAGAUGUGGUCAGGCUGCAGGGACUCAAGCAGUGUUGACGAGGUCUAGAGCUUCAGCUCGAGUUUACGUCACUUAGUGCCCGUAAUGUAAUGGCAUGGAAUAUAAUGUGGUAUUUUAUCAUACAUAGAGUUCUAGAAUAAUGUUAAUAAUUUAUGGAUACAUUUGGGGUAAACAAACCCACAACUAAAAAUAUGUUGGUGAAAUCAUUAAAAAAUAUAUCUUGGGCUGCA